AGGCUCUGGACAGUUCCCCGGUCCUGACCGACCUUCACCGGACUGGAGCAGGGAGGGCAUAAAAGAGCCCGGAGGAGGCAAUUGGAGUUUGGCCGCCGCUGUCGCCACCACUGCUGCUGCUGCUGAGCCAGACGACUGCGCGGCGGCGACUGCUGCUGUUCCUGCCCGCUGCUUCUCCUUGGCUGCUUCUCCUUGGCUGCUUCCUCCGAAAAAGAACGGCGGUCGCGCUCGGUGCAGCCGGGAGCCCAGCACAGCCGCUGUUCUUCCGCAGGGGGAGGAGAGCGCAGGCAGCGGAGGAGCGCACGGGGGCGGGGAAAAAGCCGCGGCUGCCGGACUCCCUCUGGUGCGUUGCGCGCGGCCGCAGCCAGAGAAAAGCAGCGAGCGGGGAAGCGGCUCAUUCAUUCCUACAGCCAGCCCCGAGGAAGAACCGGCACAACCCGCAAGCGAAUCCCACCUGGCUGCAUUCUUUUGCGACCGAAAGAAGGGCUUUGAUCCCGCUUCUCCUUCACUCCGGCCGAGUCCGUGAAUGCCAGAUCUAACCCCAGGGCGGUUCGAAAGGCCAGCAGGCUGGCUGGGAGUUUUGGGGUGGAGACGUGUGAGCCUUCCUCCGUCUUCUUGAAUCUUCAUGAGAAAAAGAUCUGAUAGCCAAGAAGGAAGCCCUUCCCUGUGAAUUUGACUUCAAGGAUGCCCUGGAACGUCAAACGGUUGAAUAACUGCAACAGCCACAGCUCCCAGUCACAGAAACAAUGCAAGAAAUCCUCUUUUGCUUUCUAUCAAGCUGUGAGAGACCAGCUACCAGUGUGGUUCUUGGAAGACAUGAGGUGCAUGGAGGUUUUCCACUGGCAAGAAGGAGGCAAAGUCAGCACAUAUUCGCCUUCAGAGGCACUGCUCUAUGCCCUGGUACACAACCACCAGCCUUAUGCCCGAUAUUUACUGAGUCAAUUUCCUAAAAGUGCCCUGGCAAUACCCAGCCUUCAUUUCAGCUGCUGCCACUCUUCAGCUCCUCACUUAGCUAUGGCUGUCCGUUACAAUCGUAUCCAUGUCCUUGUAGAGAUUCUGAAGGCCAUCAAAAACUUUCCAGUAAGCGACCGAGCUACCUAUUUGGAUCGCCGAGGUUGCAGUCGAGUAGAAGGUGGCAAAACAGCUCUUCAUGUGGCUUGUGAACUGACAAGGCCAGAAUGUUUGAUUUUGUUGCUGGGACACGGAGCCUCACCUUGCCUUCACGAUUGUGCUGGGAACACACCUUUAGACCUACUUCUACAACAAAUUUGGGAGAGUCCAGCAUCAAAUCUCUGCACGAAGCUUCUCCUUCUGGACUCACUCUUGCUCUUCUUGCCUCCAGGCUUCCAUUUCGCCAUGAAACAGCAGCUCCAGGAAGAACAGCAACCAUGGCAGGGCCUUCUGGGUGAUAGCCGAUAUCAAUGGUUGGCUGGUUUUGCCCCUUUCUCUCUCUUUGUUAGAUCCAUGCAAGUUUUAAUUGGGAGCACUUCACCUGAACAUUUCCCAGAGGCUCUGGAUGGUCUACCUUUGCCGCACUUUCUGAAACCUUUGGACUUGAAGUUGAAGGGCUAAGGUUAUAAGCUAGAGACCCCUUCUCUCACUUUUACUCCCUCUCUUCCUCACCUUUCAGUUGCUGCUUGUGUGAUGAAAAUAGGUUGUGUGGAGAACCCAUGUGCUGAAAAUGAAAUCUUUGUGGGAGAAGGAGAAACACUUGUUUUAAUUAGAGACUUUUUUCCAAAGAUUUUAAUAUGUUGUGUUUUAUUUAACUAUUGCUCAGUCGGAGAGAGUGGAACACCUAAAGUGUAUUCUAAAAAUAAAUUUCAUUUUAUGGCAGGA